GACUCAGGCGAAUCAGUGAGCGAGUCUCUCUGCCAUUUGCGCGUCAGUACGCGGCAGUAGUGUUACCCGGAUUCUCAGUGUGGUUAAACGUGUGCAGAGGACGCAACAUUUUUAAGUGUAUUCUUCAAAAGAGUGUUUCGCAUACUUUAAUUAUCCGAUCACCAUGGCCGAUACCGAAGUCGAUACCAAGGAAACCAAGAUCGCUGCUUCUCCCGAGAAGAAAGUAGUCGAGGAGGAGAAGAAAGUCGUAGAGGAGGUCGACGAGGACUCCAAGGCAUCGGAGAAUGGAGAUGCAAAGGAAGCCAAAGAGAAUGGCUCCAGCGAAGAGAAAGAAUCCGACGAAAAGGAGGCAGAAUCCACCGAAAACGGUGACUCCACAGAUGCCCCUGCUGAUGCCUGUUGCAUAAAGAGGAAAUCAACGGCAGGAGCUGAUGCGGCUGACGGUGCACCUGCAGAUGGUGCAAGUCCGGAAAAGAAAGCGAAACUUGAGGAGAAACCUGCUGAAGCUGAGAGCAACGGUGAUGCCGAAGCCGCGGCCUAAUACUUUUCCAUCUUCGCUAUUCUUCAUAAAGUCCCAAUCUUUUAAAUGCAGUUUUACCAUCUGAGCGUAAAAGCAGAACACAACAUAAUCAACUGUGUGCGCCGUCAGUAAGAACGAGUGUCGAUGGCAAAACUCUGAUAUUGUUUACUAUUGCGUUUUUCGUGUUGAGAGUGAGCGUGUGUAUGUUCGUUACAACUCGCGUGUGACAGCCUCUAGCGAGGGUGCUACUCUAUCAUUAACAUUGCACCUGCGUACAAUAGCGUCAUCAUAAAAACUAAUUCGCUCCUUCCCAUCCCCGUAUCGCAUAACGACAAAUACCUACGGGUUACACAAUACUUAUGUAGAGAUAAAUUAACGAGGUGUAAUAGUGACGGACACACAAAGAAAUGGUAGAAUUACAGAAACGGAGAUACACGUGACACACAACACACACAUAAACACCUACCUACUGUUAUAUCUUUAAAUUAAGGUUAAUACGAGUAAUAUUAGAAAUAUGGUAUUUGUAACUCGGAGAGGCGGAGGAACCAAAAGCGGCGUACUGAUUACUGCCUAGGAAAAUAGAAGUAACUUUUUUUAUUUCCUUGGGAGACCUGCAGGCGCCACUGUACAACUCCUCUGAGGUACGGAUAUAUUUGACGAUAGAUGAUUUCAACACGAUAUCAGAGACAAAAGAGAACUUAUUUUUCUGAGGUAAAAUACAUUCCUGCGACACGAUUUGGCCAUACCAGGUGACCUACUCACUAUGACAACUGUUUAAGGCAUACUCUUCUAUUUAUACGACGUUGACCCUGUGAGUAUUGUUUCGCCGAUAUGAUUAUAUGUGUAUGUACAAUGUUCGUGUAAGAUCUGGUUUUCUUAAAUAAUCCUUUUUAUUAAUAUUAUCAAAUGCCAAUGCAAGUAAAAAAAUAAGUACCGUUGCGAGGUUUUGGAAACCAGUCGUUUGAUUUUUACUGAGGAAUCAGACGAUAUGUGUAUUUGUCCAACGAAAUUUGUACGACAACAGUUAUAUGAAAACUUCAAAUAUAUCUGGGCCAAAAAUACUUAA